GGUGUGGUGAGGGACUCGGUCUUACUCUUUGCGAGGAAAACGAGGGCGUGAGGAAGGAAAGAGGCGGAGGAGGCGGCCGGGACUGGGCUAGGACUGAAGGAGGACCGAGCGGGCGGUGAGGGGCGGAACUGGUGGCGGCAGCAGCCUUUACCCGGCGCGGCACGGGCCGCGUCGCCUGUGAGGCGCUCGGCUGACUAGGCCGCAGCGGCCAUGGCCGUGAACUAUGGGGACCACGCCAGCGGCUUCCGCCACAAGGAGGUGAUCAAGUUCAUCAACAAUGAAGUCCUCAUGAACGGGGGCAGCCCAGAUUUCUACAUGGGCCUCCGCUCCCGGUCCUGGAAUGAGGUAGAGAACCGGCUUCAGAUGGUUGUGGCCGACCCGCAGGUGCCGCGGGCCAUCAAAAAGGCCUGCGCCUGGAGCGCGCUGGCCUUGAGCGUGCGUGUGGCCGCGAGGCAGCAGGAGCAGCAGGCGUACCGGGUCCGGCAGCUGCAGGAGCAGGUAGAGGAGCGCGAGGCGGCUUCCUGGGCUCUGGCUUCCCAGCUGCAGCAGCUGAGCAAGGAGCGCGAAGAGGUAGCUGUGCAGCUACGAUGCACGCUGGCCUCUGUGCAGCAAGCGAUGGCUGAGCGUGAUGCGUUGCGCGGGGAACUGCUCCAGGGAGAGAGGUCGGUCCAGACAGACCCAUUGCCUCAGGAGAUCACGGGAGCCGAACAGCCUGGGGCUGCGACAUGGCCCGUAGAUGUGGGAAUGCAGAGCAUGCGGCUUUCAGAGGCCCAGAUGGCAGACCCGGCAGCUGUGCCUUACAUGCCAGGAUCCUCGAGCCCCUGGGCACAGGCUAUGCAACCCCCUCUGCUAAUGCCAGUGCCGUAUCCAUCCCCAUUCCAUGCGCCAUUCCCAGUGGGAUUCCCAUACUCAUCACCUGUACCACCCUCAGUAGUCCCGGAAGCAGAAGCAGCAGCGGCAGCAACAGCAACAGCAGCAAUUGCACCUCAGAUGCCUCCUCCGGGGCUCUACCCACCUGGCCUGUGGGUUGCAGUGGGGGCCCAGGGUGAGACGGCCCCACUGUGUGACCAGAGGUGCUAUGGCCAGGAGGAAUAUUCUGAGAACCUCCAGGGGGCAUGUUCCCUGGGGGACAGCAGAAGCCACAGCCAAGAGGAAGGUCCUGUGUGUCCCCAGGGGAUGACCUCCCUAGGGGACAUCAGGAGCCACAACCCAGAAGAUGUGGAGAGGCCUCAGGGGACAGCCCCCUUGGGAGACAGCAGAAGUAACAGCCAGAAGGAAUGUCCAGUGAUGCCCCAGAAAUAUCCCCUGGGGAACAACAAGAGCCACAGCCAAGAAGAAGGUCCAGAGAGGCCCAAGCUGACAUCCCCCCUGGAGGGCAGCAGGAGCCAUGAUGUGAAGAAAAGCCCCAAAAAGCAGCAGCCUCAGGGGCAGAAGGCCAAGCAACCUAAAGAGAAAAAAGCCUCCGAAUCCCAACACCAGAGGAAGCCUGCCUCACACUACAGUCCAAAGAAUUGGGACUGUCCAUGGUGUAAAGCAAAGAAUUUUUCAUGGCGCAAGGCCUGCUAUAAAUGCAAGAAAGCCUCUAUGGCAGUUGAAAGUGAAGGCCUGGACCCAGGACAAACUCACUAACUUCAGGAAGGUAAGUAAGAAUGGAAACACUCCAAACAAAAACCAGUUUUCUGAGACCCCCCUUUCUGAUCAAAAAGUAACUCAUUUACUUCACAGAAAAUUUGAAACCAAAAUUAUGAUAUAAAAAAAUCAAAUUAAAAAAUCCAUUAUCCUAUUACCCAGAUUAAUUGCUUUUUAUUA